GCUACGAGCUGCCGCCGUGUGCAUUGGCAAACGCGUGAAACGGAAAAAACGAUAACGAAAUCGAAAGCCCAAAAUCCAAAACACCAAAAACCGAAAUAUCCGCGGUCUUCGGUACGUGUUAAGUUUUUUAAUUAGUAGAAUUUUCAAGUGAGUUCAGUGGCAAAAAGAGAAAAUAAUUCACUGAAAUACAAAGAGCUAAUCUCAGCAGAAGUGCAUAAAGUGAUCAAAAACAUUAUCAAAAUACUACUGCAAAUAAAACUGCAAAAAACAAACCAGUAAACUGCACACUAGAUUUCCGAAUUCGCGUUGAAGACAGUUUUUGAAUCGCAAUCGAGUCAAAUGCAAAUGCACAUCGACGACGAAUGAAUUGACAAUGACAAAAAGUAUUAGACGUCCGCCCCCCUUUAGUUGUAACCAAGUUCUCCUUACCUAUGUGAUACUAGCUUAUACAGUAGCCGCCCACAGCUCGCCCCCGCCAUGUGGCCUCUAUGGAGCCCCGCCUUGCCAGUUCCUUCCGGCGCCACCUGGACAGACGCCCACCUGUGCCCGUCCAGGAAAGACGUACUGCGAGCACGCGGAUAACUAUCCCACAUAUCUCAUCAAGAGCCUCGUUCGAAAGUGGGGCUAUGAGGCCGCCACUCUGUUGGUGGACGAAACGUGGGAGGAUUUUGCGGCUGUGGCGUGGCACGAUACUCCCGUCUUCUACGAUCCCAAGUCCAUCUUCCCGCCCCGGGAUCCCAAUGCCCAGGACUUUAAUGGAUAUAGUUAUCAGACACCAUUCGGUGGUAAUGCCCAGAGGCCGACUGGCGGUGGCAACUCGCUCUUCGCCAGCAGUCCCUCCACGGAAGCGCCCACGUAUCUUCUGUACACCUCCUCCGGUGGAGGUCAUCGCUCGGGCCACCGUUACAACUCCCAGGGCGGAGGCACCUCAUCUUCCGGCGGUCACGUGUACUUCAAUCACGGCGGCAAAUCGACUCCCUACAAUGCCACGCUCUGGCUGAAGCGCUUGGUCAGGGAUCUCAGUCGGAAACAGAAGCAGGCCGACGAGGUUAAGGAGGAGGGGGUGGUGCAGCCGGAGGAUGAGCAGACGGAGGCGGCCAAGGAGCAGGACGACCCGGCAGAGGAUCACUCACAAAGCAAGCGCGAUGUCUCGCUCAACAUGGAUCUCUUGGAUAUUGUGGGCGUGGAGGCGCCCAAUCCGCUGAAGAAGCGUUCGAGGACAAAGCGCCAAAGUCCGGGACGCUCCACCCUCUGCCAGACGACCUCGCAGUUCAUCACCCCGCAGGCGGCACUGAAUAGUCGCGGCAACUGGAUGUUUGUGGUCAAUGAGCAGAACACCGCGCGCCAAAUGGUCAAGGCGGAGCUUUGCGCCUCGAACACCUGCUCGAACCUGUGCGAAUUGCCCAACGGCUACAACUCGAGAUGCGAGCAGAAGUUUGUGCAAAAACGCCUAAUUGCGCUCCAGGGCAACGGGCAGAAUCUGUACACGGACACGUUCUGGUUUCCCAGUUGCUGUGUCUGCACGAUAGCCGCCAAUUAAAUGUGUCCAGCGGACAAAGGACAAAGGACGAAGGACACUAUACUCUCAGCGGCGAUUUUGGCAAAUUCAUAUCUGAUAACUAAAUGAUACUAAAACACACACACAACACCCACACACGAAACACAAAACACUCAAUUAUCUCUCUCAUGUAGUUACACACAAACACACAAUGUAGUUCUUAAAAAUGUAAUUUAAAAUCGAAAACAUCGAGUGAGGCGUGCAAAAUUGGAUUUAUGCCCACACAAUCCCUUUGAGUUUUGCAUACUAGCAUUAGUCGUACCCUGUGAGCGAUCUAAUGGAUAUCAAAUAAACAAAUAUUCAAGGCGAUGCAUUUUCAAGUUAA